UUUUUUUUAAGUCUAAAAAGGCUUAAAACGCAUUUACGUAAUACAAUGAAUAAGGUAAGAAACUAAGAACGUUAGACGUUUAGUUUUUAGAAUUUUGUUUGGACUUAUAAGUAAUCAAAAAGACACGGCUGAAUGGAUUGUCGUUACUAUCAGUUCAUAGAAAUAUUGAUUUAUCCGCGGAAGAAGUCAUAGACGAAUUGUCCAAAACAUCUAGAAAACUAGAUUUUGUCUUGUAAAAUAAAAAUAAAAAAAGCAGAUGUUAAAGACCUGGGCGCAAAAGCUACUGGUUUUUUAUCUUGCAACAAACAACAUCCCACCACAUUUUGAAAGCUAUCACACUGUACUGUAAUUUGCUUAUUCAUAUCAAGAUUAUUUAGUAUGAUAAUAAUAGAUUAAACAGUUCUAGGAUGUUGACUGUUCCACUUAUUAGAUGUGAUGAUGAAGUAUUCAAUAGAGUUAUCAAACAAGAAUUUAUUGAUAAUACAGACCAUACAGAUGAGAAUCAAUUAUUACAAACGCGAUAGAAUCCCGAAAUCUGUAUACAGAAGACAGAACUGCGUACCGUUAGUGUAUGUAACCGGUUCUCACUAUGAAGUUGGAUAUAUGGUCGGACAGACAUUCGGAAAAGUUAUAAGAGAUUUUGUGGACACAUAUGAGCCGUUGAAAGAGUAUUUGAAAAUUUAUGAAACGUCCGCGGAUGGGAGACAAGUGUACAACGAAUGUCUAGAAACGACGGAUAAGUAUUUUCCUCAAUACUUGGUCGAGCUCAAAGGAAUGGCCACCGGCGCUAACGUUCCGUUUCAUAAGCUUUUCCUCAUCCAUUUGGACGAUAUACUAGUGUCAAACGUCCGGGAUACUAGUGCUGAUACGAGUGCCGGUUGUUCUACAUUAAUGGUGAACAUACCGUGCAAGGGACAGUUUAUCGGACACAACGAGGACGCCUUGAAUACGACGAUAAAUCAUUUUUACAUCGUUAGCGCUCACAUCAAGCCGAAUGGUAAAGAAGGCGGUGGGAUAUUUCCGAUAAGAGAAGAGAAAUGGGAAGCGAUGACUUAUGCCGGUUCACUGUCUGGAUACGCGAGCGGUCACAACUACCAUGGUUUGGUGUUUUCGAUCAAUACGAUAUUCGCGAAAAAACUUCGCAGAAAUAAAAUACCUCGGGUGUUUCUGACGCGAGCUCUGUUGGCUUCCAAGGCCAACAUAAAUGAAAUUCAAGAGAUACUAACCAACCACGGAGCUGGUACAGCAGACGCGUUUCACGUAAACGCCGGUUUCCUUGACGGAAGCAGGUGUACCCGGGUAUUCUAUUCAAUUGAGGUGAUCCCGUCGGAAACCAAUCGGAAGUCAGAAGUGAUCGUAAGAUCGAUAGACAUCGCAUCGACAUCCUUUUACACGAACAAAUUACAUUUUUCGGAUUGCGAGGAAUUAAAAGAAUCUGGUUGGGAGAGCAGCGUGGCCAGAGAAAAAACGUUUGAGGAAAUAAUGCUACAGGAUAACAUCUCAAGCUUGGCAGACAUUCUGAGAAUAUUGGGAUCCACUCGCGGUGGAGAGUGGCAAAUUUUUAGGGACAGGGCUAACGAUUUUGUCAACACGAUCAAUCUUGGAGUUUUUGAUUUUAUUGAAAGAACGUGGAUGAUAUGGACAAAUAAUCCCUUGACCAAUCCUCCUAUUAUAAAGUUGCCGUUAAAAUUCACGACUUUCAUCAGUCCUACUACAGAUAUAGGAACUGAGAACCAACCAUAUAUUCACAGAAUUAUGUCAGGGGUUUCUGAUAUUUAUAAAAAUAGUUUAGAGAAGUUUAAAAAAAUGUUUGAUAUAAAAUUAUAUUAAUACAAAUUUUAAACUUUAAUUUUACAAGGGCGUUCAUGUUUUUCUGUUUAAUUAGUUAUGAACUGUUAUGGAAUUAAUAAACUAAUAACCAAUUUUUUUUUUUUUAAUAUCGGAUAUCUAUAGUUAUAUUUCUGAAUAAAAAUUGUUGCACACAAAAUA